UUCAGUCGGGAAACAACAGUCAUGGCGGAUGUUAUGAAUGUUGGUGUGAAUUUAGAGGCUUUUUCUCAAGCGAUUAACGCCAUCCAGGCGCUUAGAUCGAGUGUUACCCGAGUGUUUGACUCACUGAAAGAUGGAAUGAAGAAUAAAGAAACGCUUGAAGGAAGAGAAAAGGUGUUUAUUACGGAAUUUCAGGACAACUUACAGGCGGUGAAUCGCGACUUGACUGAGUUGGAGCGUCUGAGCAACCUGGUUGGCAGGCCGUCAGAGAGUCACCCGUUACACAACAGCGGCCUGCUGAGCUUAGACCCGGUUCAGGACAAAACCCCUCUGUACAGCCAGCUUCUACAGGCUUACAAAUGGUCCAACAAGUUGCAGUAUCAUGCAGGCUUGGCAUCCAGCCUCUUAAACCAGCAAUCACUCAAGCGCUCGGCCAAUCAGAUCGGAGCAUCGGCGAAGAGGAGGCCGAAGGUCCAGCCCAGCACCCUCGUACUGCCCAUUCAGUACGUGGAUGACGUGAUCUCUAGGAUUGGCCGUAUGUUUCCAGACAUGUCCAUUGAGCUCUUCCGGCCCAACGGGACGUCGGCUGUGCUGCUGGUGACACUGGGAAAGGUGCUUAAAGCCAUCGUGGUGAUGAGGAGCCUGUUUAUCGACCGCACCAUCGUCAGAGGAUACCACGAGAACGUGUAUUCCGAGGACGGCAAGCUGGAUAUCUGGUCAAAGUCCAACUACCAGGUUUUUCAAAAGGUGACGGACCAUGCCACCACAGCCCUGCUGCACUACCAGCUGCCCCAGAUGCCUGAUGUGGUGGUGCGCUCCUUCAUGACCUGGCUCAGGAGUUACAUCAAGCUUUUCCAGACACCAUGUCAGCGCUGUGGUAAGUUUCUGCAAGACGGCUUGCCUCCCACCUGGAGGGAUUUCCGUACCCUUGAGGCCUUCCACGAUACCUGCAGGCAGUGAAUCUACAAACCGGGCAAGGGAUGAACAAAUAUAAAGCAUGUGCCUGUAUUGAAAGACAUUUGAAGCCACAUGUUGCAUCUAAUGGACCAAAUGGAAAGACUUCAAUAGUCAGCGUUGGUCAUGACCAACCGAUUAGAUGUAUAGGUUUGUCAGUAUGCACUCCAUACAGUAAAGGCAGAUCUGGAUUCUAAACAUGUUAUGAAAGGUUUUUUAAAGUCGGAGAUUUGUCUUUGCAGUUGUCCAAUUCCAAGUUUCAAGCAGAGGUGCUUGCGAUUGCCAGUAAACAUUAACUUCCUGUGCUCAUAUCUAGUGUUCACACAUCCAAAAACUUGUGUCCUACUUAGUUUGCUUAGCUUUUGUACCUUAAAAAAAAUGCUUUAGUGAAUCACUACAAAGCAAAAGUCAUGCAGCACAGGUUUUUGUUGUUUUUGUUUGUGAGCUUUUUUUUUUUUUUUGAGUCCCGUUUAUAAAGGAAAAGGCGUUCAAUAUUUUACAAGUCGUCUUUUUUUAUGAAAAAAAAAGUCAACUGCUACAACUAGGUCAUAACUUCACAUGCACUCUUCUUUGAACACGACAGGUUUUAUGAUUGGACAAGAAUUGCUUAUGUGGUGUUUUUUUUCCCCCCUUUGUACUCCAGUUUUGAUGUAAUAAAAACUUUUUUUUCUGCU